AUGUCUAUCUAUGCUGAGGUUGAUGAUACAAAUCAAAACGGAGAAUAUCUGAUGAUCAUUUACGUGGCCUCCACCCUCCGCGCGGGCGAAGUACGUGGCCUCCACCCUCCGCGCGGGCGAAGUACGUGGCCUCCACCCUCCGCGCGGGCGAAGUACGUGGCCUCCACCCCCCCGCGCGGGCGAAGUACGUGGCCUCCACCCUCCGCGCGGGCGAAGUACAGUACGUGGCCUCCACCCCUCCGCGCGGGCGAAGUACGUGGCCUCCACCCUCCGCGCGGGCGAAGUACGUGGCCUCCACCUCCGCGCGGGCGAAGCCUCCACCCUCCGCGCGGGCGAAGUACGUGGCCUCCACCCUCCCUCCGCGCGGGCGAAGUACGUGGCCUCCACCCUCCGCGCGGGCGAAGUACGUGGCCUCCACCCGAAGUCCGCGCGGGCGAAGUACGUGGCCUCCACCCUCCGCGCGCGGGCGAAGUACGUGGCCUCCACCCUCCGCGCGGGCGAAGUACGUGGCCUCCACCCUCCGCGCGGGCGGGCGCGCGGGCGAAGUACGUGGCCUCCACCCGAAGUACCGCGCGGGCGAAGUACGUGGCCUCCACCCUCCGCGGGGCGAAGUACGUGGCCUCCACCCCCCCCGCGUGGGCCUCCACCCUCCGCGUGGGCGAAGUACGUGGCCUCCACCUUCUGUAUCAAAAAAGGUGA